ACACAGUUACUGUAUGAUCAUGGCGGUAAGGAGUAAAUUUUUUCUGCUACUGUUAAUACAGCUGGGCCUGGCGCUGGACAAGGCCUCCAUUCACGCAUUCAACCCCAGUCGCCUUCAACAGCACAAAGUCCUUCAUCUUGACUGGCCGAAAGACUGUGGCCAGUCUCAUUUCAAGUCAAACACAGUCGAGCGUAUCGUGUCCGGCAAUGAGGCCAGACCUCACUCCUGGCCAUGGCAAGUUUCACUGCAGGUCCGUCCCAGGGGAAGUAAACAUUACGUCCAUGUGUGCGGAGGGACCCUGAUCCACAAGAACUGGGUUCUUACUGCAGCACACUGCUUUCAAAAGGGAAAAGCAGAGGACGCUAACAGCUGGCGUAUUGUUUUGGGUAAGCACCAGUUGAAGAGAUCAGAGUCGGCUGAGCGAAUUUUCCCUGUGAAGAGGAUCUACAGACACGAGCACUUCCGUUAUCCGGCUAACAGUGAGCUGGAUUAUGACAUCGCAUUGGUCAAAGCUGCCAAGGAUAUCCAGACCACUGACUUCAUCCGCUACGCCUGCCUGCCGCGCAAGCAGACCAACCUCAAACCAGGACACUACUGCUGGGUAACUGGCUGGGGAGACACACGAGGUGGAAAAGAAAAUGUGUCACUAGCUGAGGCACUGAAUCAAGCUCGACUCCCCAUCAUCGACUACAAGACCUGCAAACAGAAGAAAUUCUGGGGUGACCGUGUGAGAGACUCCAUGAUCUGUGCCGGCUUCCGGGAUACAGAAGGCACUCCAGCCGCCUGCCAGGGUGAUUCUGGUGGUCCUCUGAUGUGUCAGGUGGGAAGAGACCACUGGGAAGUCCACGGCGUUGUAAGCUUCGGCCCCAUCGGCUGCACGGUGGAGAACAAGCCCAGUGUCUUCACACGCACCGCGGCAUACGUCCCAUGGAUAGAGGCCACACGCAUCAGGGACUUCUUCAUGCACUGAUUCGUCACCUCCCAGAAUUCCCUGCCCACAACUGCACGAGAAUACGUGAUAACAGCUUUAGUGGCAUGUCCCGGUCUGGAUCCGGUCAUACUGCUGUGGAUGUGCCCUGGCAGCCACCAAAGUUAGGGUAGUUUCACUGCUUUGCAAGUUGUGCAUGAGAGAUUCUUCUGGGCAUCUCUGUAGUAUAUCAACUGCUUUUCGCUAAAUCACACAAUCACAUUGUGUUCAGCAAAGCACAAAUUCUGGGUAUUGUGAGUGACACUCCUCAGCAAUUUUUUCUGUAAGGACUGGCAUGAACAUUGUUUAGUCCAUAAGGUGCUUUGAUGGUCAGCAUCAGGUAUAGGAAAUAGCUCAUACUGUAUGUUACAACAGCUAUUCUUUUCACUGAACAGAAAGAUGUGUGCAAAUAAUUUCUAAUGGAUCCCCCAUUUAAAUUCUAAAAAAAUAUAUCUUGGGAAAAUAAAAAAUACUUUGUAUUUAAUGAA